UCACAGCCAGUCGUGUUUAGAUCCCUGUUGUUGCAGGUAAAGAGCAGCCGAGAUCUUCAUCACAUCCAGGAAUCUAGUAAAUCUUCAUCAUGAGGAGCGCUCACAUCCUCCUGUUGUGCAUGCUGGGAGCUGCUCUGCUCUCCUCCGUCCUCAGCAGCAAUGCCAUCACCCCUGAUAACUGCUGCUUCCAGUUCUACCCCAAACGACUGGACAAAAAGCUGGUCCGUGAAUACUCUGUGACUGAUGAGCGCUGUCCCAAGAGAGGAAUCAUUCUGGUUUUGAAGAAGGGCCGCAGAGUCUGUGUGGAUCUCAGUGCCCCCUGGGUUGAGGGCAUCAUGAGGCACGUGGACGAAAACUACUAAACAAAAACCUCCUUUUCAUCAGCCUGAGGCGUCUGUUUCUACAUCACCCAUUAACAAUACUGUUCCUAUAACAGCGGUAUUAAUGUGAAAGCAUUUUAUUCAAUAUUAAGUUUAGUUUUAACUCUGAAUGGAUCAUUAACAAGCAUAUUCCUCAUCUUUUUCAUUUCUCUUAAAAGAUUUUUUAUUCCACACCAUAUUCCAAAUAUUUCAAUAAAAAGAUCUGUCUUAAAAAGGCCUCUUUUUGUUUCUUUCUUGAACUGGUUGGAGGCCACAUGUGUGCAGUUCUCAGUUUCAACGUCUGACAUGUUUAUGUUCUAUUGUGAAUAAAAUAUAGGUUUAUGAGA